AUGUCAACUAUAGAAAGUCCUGAUGAUGCUAUAGACGAAGCAAGUCAAAAUAACGCUGAUGAAAUGGCAGGUCAAUUAAUGGCAAAGGGUAUAUUAGAAUUGUAUGAGCCUCCAUUAGUUACUAUUAACACCCAUUUAAAGGAAUUGACUGACAAACAGGAUGCAGUACACAAUAUCAUGGUAUCUGCAAGGCGGAGGUUAGAAGAUACUGAAAACGAUGCAACACUAGAUGCAUUAUUAGCUGAUGUUGCAACAAGCAAGGAAAGACUUAAUUCAAUAUCUAAUUCAAUGAUGAGUUUACACAAAAGAGUACAAUCUCUUCAAGCAAGAGCAGCCAAUAUCGAUAAGGUAGCGAAGAGUAAAGCUGCAAGUCCUACUAAAAGCAACAACAGCUAG